AUGCUCUUCGCUGCCGGUCUGCUCCUUACCAUAGCACCAACCGUGUACAUUCUUCUCCGAAUACUACGCUUCAUCUUCCGCAUACUAUGGAUCAUGCUACGAAAGCUCUUGUCCAUUAUUCGCGUUUCACCUAACCGCUAUCGCCAACCUCGCUUGCCGAGAUAUACUAAUCGACGAAAAAGGAAUCGACAACGAACAUUUCUGGCCUGCACCAUCCUCAUUCUCUUUCACUCAAGUACGACAAAAGGAUGCUCAGAAACAGUCGCCAUGACAACAGGCGAAGAAGUCUGCACAAUAAAAAAGGACGAGGAAACUUGCACCUUCAACCAUGCGACGGUAAUAACGCUCCAACCUUUGCAGCAGCAAACUUGCCUCACUCUCAACGAUCCACAAAAUCUUCCGAUGGGAAUGCUUACAAUCAAACCAGAAGGAAUCAAGUUUCGAUGCAACAGGAAAGAUGAAUUUUACACUCGUGACCACAAAAUUGUGUCAGAAUCAGUCCACCGCUGUCACCGCGCCGGUAGCUGUCACGCAGACCAAUGCCACGAAAUCAAGGAAACUGACAAAUUGAAGGAAUUUUCCGAAGUCGCCAACGAUAGUCCAGGAUACACAUCUUGUUCUUCCAGCUGUGGUGGUUUGUCUUGCGAUGGCUGUUUCUUCUCUACACCUAGCUGCCUCUUCCAUCGGCUCUACGCUACUCCAACAUCAUCGACCAUUUAUACCGUCUUCCAAUGCCCAAGUUGGGAACUUGAAGUAGACGCAGAAGUUACUCUACAGCAAGAAGAUGGAACAACUGCUGCUACUACAAUACACCUUCUCCCAGGCCGCACGAACAACUUGGAACAAUAUCCACUUCUCGUUGAUCGGAACAAUUGUCCCACAACUUCCUAUACUGCAUCUACUUCGCGAACGCUCCAUAUCAAUCCAGCUCACGCAGGACAAUUACAGAGUCAUUCUGUAGGACAACUGCAGUGCUCUUCAUAUCACGCAGCGGAACAAUUCAACUGCUACUUCUCGCGUAAUACAUGCACUUGCACCACUACUGUAUAUAGUACGACCUGUACCUGCAGCAAUGGAAAUAUACGUGAUCGCAUGGCUGCUCAACCACUUCCACAAAUAUCGAAAAACUUCAUCAUCUUCGAAUCCAACAAGAAGUUCUACGCAAGGACAAAUGUCGGCUCUGCCAUAAAAGUUCAAAUAGUCGCAGAAAAUCUCCGAAUAACGUCAGUGAAACACAUCAGCCGUUGUCAAGUGGAAUCAAGCGACCUAUCCGGAUGCUACAGUUGCACUACGGGCGCCUCAUUAACACUAUCGUGCACCAGCGACAACGACGAAGUGCUUGCUCAAGUCAAAUGUGAUCAACACUCACACGUCAUCAGAUGUACAGAGGCUGGCUUCCUGAACACAAUUUUCCUGAUGUUCGACUCUCCAACAGUGACCGCAUAUUGCACCGCUGCCUGCCCUGGAGGGACCGUGAACUUCACGAUCAAAGGAUCUCUGGCUUUCGUCAACGAAAGGAUUAUCUCUCCGGACAACGGCACAUCAAACAUCCAGAGAAACGUAGCAAGUGAUAUAUCUUUCGUGAAUGAGCUUGUUGAAAAGACUAAAGACAAAUUCAUGUCAGUUGUGAACGGUAUCACCUCGUUCUUCACUCUUUGGGAACUUCUUCUCUUUCUUAUCCCUGUUAUACUACUGGUUAGCCUUCUCCAUCGAUUUUGUCCUAGAAUACACCAUGACAAAUCGCACUGA